AUGUGCCCGUCACCCGCCCGCUGCGGGUGUGCGCGUGGGGCGCUGGUUUCGGGGCGAAUCUCCGCAGUUGCGGGACCACGGAGGCGGCGCCGCCGCGCGGCCCAGGGAAGCUCCGCGUCAUGGGGCGGCCGCGCGUCAUCAGGCGGCGGCGGUUCCUGCCGGCCUCGGCACCACCUCUGUCCCUGUCCCGGCGGCUCCGGCAACCUCGAGGUGAGGCCGGCCCAGCCCCGCAGAGCCGCGGGCCCGAGGGAGAGGCCCCCGUUCCCAGGGCCGGAGUGGUUCGUGUCCGCAGCUUUGCGGUUCAAGGAGGAGCGCUGUAGCCCGCGGCGGCUCUGCCGUGGGUGGAAGGGGCGGGGAAAGCUCGGCUCCAGCGGGAGAGUGGAGCAUCGAGAGUCUCGUAAAAAAAAUCAGGAGGCUGAUGCAGGCACCAACGUUCUUGCUGUUGAGAUGUCCUGUAUUCCAUUGUUAAUGGAACCAGCAUGUUCCAGCUCUGACGUACAGGGAGCCACAAAAACAAGGAAUAAUGAUGCUACUUCCAGAUUUUUGGUUCCUCUUUCUGACAAUAAUGAAAGCAAAGAGUCAAAAUCUAUUCAAAGAAAGAGAGUGCUUCCAUCUUGGAUGCUGGAAAGAGAUCUUCUGGUGCAGAGGGUUUCCAAGCCUGUUACGACAGGAGGUAGUAGAAAGAAAAAAGGCCAAGGAAGGGGAGAAUGUCUUACAGAGUCAUUAAAAUCAGAAGUACAUGUACAGCAGAAAAAAAGAUUACCUUCUGAAGAAACUAUAGUGGAUUUUGAAGGUGGAGAGCAAGAUCAAGGGAAAAGGAACUGCCUUCCCUUCCCUGUUCUUUUAUCUCAGGAUACAUUUGGAUUACCUCUUGAGACUACCAUGAGAGAUACGGAGGGAAGUGGCAAGACUGGAACAAGAAACCCUGGAAAUUCUCUGGAAAAAAAUGAUAGGCAGCUGCAUAGCAAAUGGUCUAAAAGAGAAGGUCAGGUCUCCAUUAAAGACAACAGAAUUGAGGAAACAGAAAACAAAAAGCACAUUGCUGGUUCUACCAGCCGACAAGCUUACUGGGGCAGGACUUCCCAAUAUCUUGGUGCUCAGGAAGGGAUUCUUGAGCCUGAUGCAAAUCUGGACUACAACACUAAGAUUUCUGAUUCAGCCAGAAGUGCAGAUGCUUCAGAAAGCUCCAAAAAGAUGCAGCAUAAGAGGACACCUUGCAAGUAUGGAAGUGGCUGUUACAGGAAGAAUCCCAUUCACUUCCAGCAGUUCAGUCAUCCUAAUGAUGAUGACUAUCACAACAUGGAGAUGGUGGCUCAGGACGAUGAUGACAGCCGGCCUGAGUGUCCGUAUGGAACAGCUUGUUAUAGGAAGAACCCCCAGCACAAACUGGAAUACAAGCACAGUGCACCUCCAGUAACUGGAAGAGGAACACGACAACGAGCUUCAAGCAAUGGAAAAAGGGCGGUGAAGAAGGAUGGUGUCAAUGAUGGUGAAGCCAAUGAAUAUGACCUCAAUGACUGCUUUAUAGAUGACGAGGAGGAGGAGGAAGAGUGCGAACCUACUGAUGAAGACUCAGACUGGGAACCAAGUUCAGAAGAAAAGGAUAAUGAAGAUGUUGACACACUUGUGCAAAAAACAUGUAGAUUUGUUAAGCUCAAGAAAUAGCUGCUGAGAACAGCCUUAUAAAUGUCCUGUGUGGUUGUGUUAAAACAUGGUUGCACAGAGGAGAGGAAUUGGUUAGAAAAUUUUUUCCUUCAUGAUGUAGGCAGUACAGGAAGAUAAUAAUAGGGGUGAGGAGAUUCUCUUUCUUAUCCGUAUGUAUUAUUAUGAGGCUGGUGUGGUGUUUGUUUUUUCUUGUUUUAUUAAGUUGUGGACCCAGAGGAUAGAGCUCUGAAAUUUUUGGUUUUUUCUUUUUUCUCUCCUUUUUUUUCUUUUUUUUUUUUUUUUUUUUUGCAACACCAUUGGUAUCUUGUAUUUUGAAAUACAGUUUUAAAGGUUGUUAAAACUUCAUCUUCCUGUGCUCAAAAGAAAUACUGGUAGGAAAGCCUAAGCCAUUUUUAUUGUUGAGUUAGUGCAGUUUUAAACUUCGUUAUUCUGCCUCCAUCUUUUCCAGAUGUUGUUGAUUCUCUUGAGGUACAAUAGUUAAAUACAGGUUGUCUAAAUCACUUGAGAGCAGGAUCUCAGUGUAUUGAAGCACUUGAUUGGCUCAACAACAAGUAUUAUUUGCUCUGAUUACAACAGUACCUCUUUCCAUGUUCAUCACUGGAACAGUUUCUAGUUCUCAGCAAAGUCUUGAUGACUGUAUUUUUGCACAGUUAAACUUGUAACAUUCAGUGGGAAAAGCAUGUAACUGUGUCUCUGAUUUCUAAAGACCUUGGAAGAUCUUGCUUUCAAUGUGUUCAUCACUCCUCUGAGCUUCCUGGAAAGCAAGUUAAAAGGUUCUACUAUAUUUUAGGACAGAUGACUGGAGCCCUGUGAAUUUGGCACCUUUUUUGGUCAAAGUCCUGAAGUUCAGCUAGAGAAGCAUUCUGGUAUAGCUUCCAAGUAGGCAUCGACAUACACACCAGCUGGUUUUACAGACUUUUCAGGAGGACUUUGUGGAUGUGCCCUCUACAACUCUAAUGCCCUGGUUUUUGACUGAGCUUGUGUGUUUGUCUUGUUGUGAAGAGGCUCCCCUUACAAGAAAAACUGCCAAGGGGGAAUCAAGCCAAGUGUUGCCCGGGCCUUGCCACUGCUGCAUUGAGCUGUGUGCAGACUCAGCUCUCAGCAGCCCUCAGAUCUCCUGCUUCCGUCACACUGGGGCUGUCUUGGGCAGGGAAAUUGCCCUGUGAAGGAAGCUGCUGGCCGCAGGGAAGCUGCCCUGAUGGCCAGGAGGCAGGAAAGCACAGAGCUGUCUUGGGCUGGGCUGUGUCACAGAGGAACCGUCUCAGUCCUGCCCAGGAGGCACCUCCACAAGCAGGUGCAUGCAGCUGCCACAGGCUGGAGCGGCGCUCUUUGGAGGAAGAGGAGGAGGGGGAGCCAGCUUUAUGUUGAGGUGUUGGCAGAGGGAGAAGCCACUUUCCUCUGGGGCACGGGACCGAUGUGCUCCAGACUAUGGAAUGCAGGAUGGGACUGUGCAGUCUCAAGUCCCAGCAGUUCAGAGAUUGGGCACUGGGGAUGGACCUUGUGAACCUCAUCUGCUGCCCGUUUCUACCUCAAAAAACCUCAUUAUACACACCCCCUUGCCACUUGCAAACUUGCAUUCUUGGAGGGUCAUCUUGGUCCUUACAGAUUCUGCUGAAAGGGGAAGCAUUCUUUUUGACAGAUUUCUCAGAUAAAAAUAAAGCACCAAUGUGGCAAUAUUAUAUCUGAGAACUGUUUCUUUGUAAAGAAAGGGUAUGGACCCAACUAAAGUGGGAUAGAAAAGAGUGCAGAGAGGGAGAAAGAGAGACAGAGGAAGAAAUAGAAGACAGAGACAGCAUCACUGCCAGGACACAGGGGCAUCCCGCCAUAAAAACAUAAAUUUCUCGUGGAUUAAUUUUCCUGACACCUCCAUUUUCUGCUUAUCACAUGGUACGUUAAUGUUCCCAGCAUAUCUAACAGCCCCUAUAGUAAUUUUUCACCCUGUGUAUAACAUAUGUUGAGACAUAAAAAAAGUCAAAUUGGUUCCUUUCAGGUCUCCUUCCCUCUGCCAAAAGGGAGUGCAUUCCCAUGAGGUGAAUUUACUCAGUAGGGUGAAGGGAUUCCUGUCUGCGUCUUGGGUACAGUGCCAUGUCAGGGACUUGUGGUGGCAUCUGGCAUUGGGGAAAAGCUGCCAUGAGAUUUGUGCUGCUUGUGGUCUCUUGUUUGUUGGGCACACAGGGAGGGUGAGGUGAGAGUGACCAGAAAAGCACAGAUGCAGAUCCUGAGUGAAACAGGACUGUCCAGGGUCAUUUGAAGGGGCCACCUUGUAUCUUGGCCACAGAGGGCCUAGUGUGAGUUGCAGGUUUCUUCAAAGGCUGAGAAGUGGGUUGUGCAUUUCAGUGUGUACUGUACCAUGUGGUAUUUACUGUAUUUUUUUGUUAGGAAAAUUAAUCCACAAUGCCAGAGGUUUAUGUUCUAAAAGGAGACAGAGGAGUCCUGCAACUUUAUUCAAAUAAAGGGAGAGGCCAUGGGACAUUUCCCGUGAGGUCUCUCAAAUUGCUGGAGGAUGCAGCCUUCUCUUUAUCCUCAUUUCCCUGCUUAAUUUUUUUCUCCACCUUGGCUGAGGUGCUUGAGAGGUACAGACUUCCUGAAUAGCCUAAUACAGAACCCCUUCUAAUGUGUACCCUCCCCGCACCGUUCCCCCAUUUUUCUUUGUAUUGCUGUUCUUUUCCUCUUAAGUCCAGAAAUUUGGCACAGUCUUGGAUGAGCAACUGAGUCUGUGUCAAUUAGUG